AUGCCGUCCGAUCUCGCCUACUGGAUCAUCUCGGUGCCACUCGAGGAUGGAGACCCGCACCGCAUGUUCUCCGAGCUAGGCGCCAAGCUGCUCUCGGACGGUGGGGCGGCGAGCACCGACUUUGGCCAGCUCAGCUUCCCGCCGCUCAAGACGGGCACGCUCGAGUCGCUCAUCUCGCUCAGCGAGGACCUGCCCAAGCUCGAUACCCAGUAUACCCAGGUGGUCGCCAAGAUCAUCGACACGCUGCGUGCGCUCCUCAACAACGACGAGGCGGCGCUGGCACAGCAUGUGCUCGUCAACGAGCAGAGCCUCGACGACUACAUGCUCAGCUGGGCGUGGAAUACGGGCAAGUACCGUGCCGACCGCUCCUUACGCGACACGGUCGAGUCGCUCGGCAAGGAGCUCUCGAGCAUCGACAACGUCAUGAAGCAGAAGCUCGCCAACUACAACGUCGCCAAGGGCCAGCUGCAGCAGCUGCAGCGAAAGAAGCAGGGCAACCUCUCGGUGCGCUCGCUCGCCGACGUCGUGCACAAGGAGGAUUUCGUGGAUACCAACUCGGAGUAUCUCGAGACGCUGCUGGUGGCGGUGCCCAAGAACAACACCAAGGACUGGCAGGCGCGCUACGAACGCCUCACCGCCAUGGUGGUGCCACGCUCGUCGAACAAGCUGGCGGCGGACGAAGAGUACGCGCUGUUCAACGUGACUGUAUUCAAGAAGGUGCGCGACGAAUUCGUGCAAAAGUGUCGCGAGGCCAAGUUUACGGUGCGCACCGACUUUGCGUGGGAUGACGCGCUGGUGGAGCGACAGAGGCACGAGCUCGACGCGGCGGGCGAGAGCGAAAAGGAGCUGUGGACCGAACUGCUGCGUCUGGCACGAACCAACUUUAGCGAGGCGUACCAGGCGCUGGCGCACCUCAAGGUGGUGCGAACGUACGUCGAGAGCGUGCUGCGCUUUGGCCUGCCUGCCGACUACUUUGCAGUGACGGUGCGUCCGAAUCCGAAGCGCACAAAGGCGUUGCUGGCUACGCUCGUCUCGCACUAUGCCUAUCUGGACGGCGCCAAACGCAGCAAGAAGAGCAACGACGCCGCUUCAGGCGAGGCGCCGGGAGAGUAUGCUCAGCUGCUCGACGAGGAACAGUUCCCCUUUGUGCUCACAGAACAGUACAUGGUGCCCGUCUAA